AGUUCAAGCAUGUCAUCCACUACCUGCUCCGUGUACACAAACCACAGUCCAGGAAAUGCGCCCGCAUUAGUCACCUUACAUGUCUUAAUGCAUGCAAAUCAUUCGAGUAAACAGCGUAGAAAUGAAAUUGCUCUUCUUCGCUUGUCUCAGUCCAAAUACAGGGAACAACACAACAGCAGAACGAAUCAGGUCACAUAUCGAGUCUGCAGGACAUGUUUGUGAACUCAGAGAUGCUGAUGAAUUCCAGUCCACCUCAGAAGUGUCUGAGCUCAUCUCCCAGAGUCCGCCAUUCGAAGGAGCGUUGGCCAUUCAUCUGUUUAGAGCAGGCAGACUGCUCAUAGAUGCAAAAAUACCAUUUGGUGUCAUUUUUGGUGGAACGGACAUAAAUGAAGAUGUGAAAGAAGAGCGGAAGCGUGUGGUUAUGGAGCAGGUGCUUCUGAAGGCCAGAUUUGCGGUUGCGUUCACUGAAAAAAUGAAAAAGAGGGCUGAGCUGUUUCUGAAGCUUUCCCAAGGGAGUAAAAUCUGUGUCCAGCCUCAAGGGAUCCAGACCCAAGCAGCGGAGACGUUCUGCUGGUUGGAAUUCCUACGGAGUGCAGGAGUAAGCAGAGAGCAUAUGGAUCAGCUGCGUGUCUUCUUGUUGAUCUGUGGCCUCAGAAAAGUCAAGGACCCUCUCUAUCUGGCUCAGGUCUUUUCAGAGUGGCAUGCUCAAAAUCCUCAGAAUAUCUUGGUCAUAAUUGGACCCAAGAUCGAUCCUUCGCUCACCAUUGAAGUAGAAGCUGUUGUGAAGCGAACACCCGGGGUCUUCUUGGCCCACGAGAGGAGCCAGGAGGAGCUGCACGCUGCCAUGAAAAGGUGCUUCGCCCUGGUGAACUGCUCCAUAUCAGAGGGCAUGUCAGCCGCCAUCUUGGAGGCCAUGGAUCUGGAGCUACCUGUGGUGGUCAGGAACAUCCCGGGAAAUGCAGCGAUCGUGCGACACCAGGUCACGGGACUGCUUUACGCUUCUCCUCAGGAAUUUAUACGACAGUCUGAGAGGCUGCUUUCGGACGAAGAUUUGAGGGAACAAGUGGUAAAGAAUGGGAAGCAGUACGUGCAGAAGCAUCACAGUCCAGAGCAGGAAAGAGAAACGUACCAGAGGCUUGUGGGCUCCCUCCACUGCGCCUGAAGAUGUACCCUUCAAAUCCACUUAGUGUCUGAACAACCUCAGCUACACAGAACUGCAGCACACUCUUAUUGUUAGCAAUAGGAUAGAUGCACCACACUGUCUGGUUUUCAUUAUCUACUCGGUCAAGGAAUGUCGGGGGGGUGUACUGUAAUGGUUUUUAAUAUGAUGAAUAAUUAUUUAUUUUUCAAUUUUUAACGUACGGUGUUAUGUUUUUAACCAACAUCAAUUAUCUAAUAAAAGCCCAACUCCGUUGAAGGUUUAUUUAUUUGCAUUUUAGAAUUAGUAAAGGAUGUUUUUUUGACUGUCGGACUGACAGAGAUGGACAAUAUGAUGACAUGAAAUCAUAAACAAUUGGAACGUGUUGACGCUCUACCAGCGUGAGGAGAUGACACACACUCACAUUCUUUCUAUACAUAGCAGAUCUAUGCUGAUGCGUUCCUUCACUUGUGGCAGGACAUUCAACAAAGCACAAUUUCCCCUUUGGCCGAAGUAGCAUUGGAGGUGAGCUGCUUAAAUAUAGUUUCAUCUUUGUUAAGUUAUAUCUGUAUAAACUUUUAUUUUGUAAGUUGUACCAAAUCAGUGGAGCGUAAGGGCUAAUAGAUGAGGCAUCAUGAAACAGUAUUGCAGGGUUGAUGACACAGUGUCCUAAUACUCUUGGCUUAGAAAUGAUAUUGAUGUUGAUGUGAGGUUUCAUUGAAUUAGCUGUUCAAGUCCAGACACAGUGCCAUCUGGUGGCCUGAAAAUCACAACACUGUUUCAUGAAACCUCAUCAACCCUGCAACUCUGUUUCAUGAAACCUCAUGUACUCAUCUACAUCUACAUCUACAUCUACUCACUACAUCACUUAUAAGGGCACCUCAUUUAUACCACCCCCGUUCUUGUCAACACAAUAAAAUUCUUCCGGGUGUCGAACUCAGACUCAGCGGCCAAAUCUGGCUGGUGCUAAGAGCCGUUAAUACGAAUAAUACCAGCUCACUAGCAAAGCAUGUCGACAUCACGACCGUCCGAGGUUUGUGUUCAAGGGUUCUGACAGUUUAAGCUAAAACUGUCCACAGAGUUGGUCUGGAAAAUUCCUGAAAGUUGAUGCAGGUGAAAGGGAAUUGGAUGACAGAUGGGGAAGCAGAUGGAAAGCCUGACCGUCUCCUGUGUUUUCAGUCAGUGGUAAAGGAGGACAAUGUAUGUAUUUUGAAGCAACCCACACAGAAGCCUUACGCUACAGUUAGCCUUCCGUUGUUAAAAGGGAUGCUGAUGUCAGAUUCUGUUUUGAGUGUUUUGUUGUUCCAGUCAAGGAAUGUCAUUUACAGACUGUUCAAUAAACAUGAGUUUUAUUC